UCUUCAAAUCUACAUUCCCGAUUGUGAAUAUAUUUUUUUCAUUGUGGGACUUCAUUUACAGUUUAAACAUGUUUGGGAAGAAUAGACCGGAGAGUUACAUUUGCAUGAACAACUGAGCCAUGAAGAUACCACUUGCCCAAAUCAUGUUGGCCGUAUGGGCUAGCCAGAAGCCGGCUCAUGGAAAUGUGUCCUGCGACGCAGCCCAUAAUGGAAGUAGCAAAGACGACCAUGUGAAUUGUGAGUCGGGAAGAAACACAACAAGCAAUGAAGACUCAUCUUGGCUGGUGCCCAGCCUAGCUAUGUCCUUGGUGGCUUUGAGUAUGCUGGCAAUGGGUGGCAAUGCAGUUGUGGUACGAGAUUCAUGGAGGUCAUUCGUCCGCACACGUGCAGGAAAUGUCCCCCGACCCUGUGCUUCCCUGCUCAUGGCAAACCUGGCCCUGGCCGACUUUGGCUGUGGUCUGUUUGUCAUGCCUGCAUCACUGCACGCACUGAUCCACGGAGCCUGGGUGAUGGGAACACCUGUCUGCCUGUGCAUCUGUGCCCUGAACUACUGCUUCAUCAUCGUGGCGAUGGGAACACUAGGUAUCAUCUCGCUGGACCGCUGCUUAGCCGUGUGGCGAGCUGCCGACUAUCGGCAAUUACUGCCAUGGAAACGUGCGGCUCAGGCCUGUGGACUCACCUGGUUUUCAGGCAUAAUCUUUGGAUGUGUGCCAGCUGCCUGCAGAUGGGUCUGGUAUGACCGAGAAGAACUGAUCUGUACGAUUCGCUGGGAUCAGAAUUUCCGGAGUGUGAUAACAUACACACUGUCCGCUUUCUUCGUGUGUUUCUUCGGGCCCAUUUGCAUAAUAACAACCUCCUACAUUGUCAUGCUGGUAGCCUACCAUCGCAACGCUUUUAGAAAAAAUGACAACAACAAGACUUCUCGUCGAUUGGCCAAGAUGGCCCUGGUGAUGGUUGCAGCUUACCUCAUGUGCUACACACCAUUUGCUCUUACCAAGGUGCUGAAGGUGGCCAACGGCAGUCUGGAUGCUGUGCCUGCUUGGCUAUCAACCACGUCGUCUUUUGCCGCAUAUGUGAACUCAGCCAUCAACCCAAUUAUAUACAGGCUCCUGGGCAGGAGCAGAAGAGUGGCGAAGAAAGUGGAUGGAAACAAGACGACGCUUGUGUUCUGCGACAGCUUGUAA